AUGAGUAAAAUGGAUGAUAAUCAUCGGUAUCAUCCUUAUUAUCGAACAAAAAAUCAUCAUAAUGAUAGACGAUACGAUCAUGAUUAUAAACAUCAAUAUAAGAAAAGUACUAAACAUUAUAACCAACAUUCAACAUCAAGACGUGAUAAUAGAAAUUAUACUGAUCUUUCUCAUCGACAUUCUCAUAGAAAUGAUUAUCCUUAUCAAAAUCAAACUCAUUCAUCGAGAUCGAGAUCGUAUACUUGUUUUUCUACACCGCCCCAACCGUUAAUGUCUACUGAAAUACCUCCGUUACUUCCUAGUCUUUCUCCGCCACUGCCACCGCCACCACUGCCUUUACCGUUAUUUGCUCCUCCGCUUCCUUCAUCACCCACAGUUGUACCACAUCAACGAGAAUCAUGGAUUCGUUCAGUGAAAAAAACUAAACUGAAUGAAAGUAUGGAACAGAAAACACAAUAUCUAGAGACAAUACUUCGUAUGCCACAACAACAAAAAACUUUACUAAAUUCAUCAAGAUUCGAUCGAAUGCGUUUUGCUGAUAAGCAAAUAUCAACCACAAUACAAGCAACUACAAACGAUAGUGAUAAUCUAGACAACAGUUCUUUUCAUUUCAUCGGAGAUAUCAGUAAUCAUGAUGAAAUAUGUACUUUAGAAAAAGUUUUAUUUAACAAUGAACUCAAAUCACAAACAACAGCAGAUGAUAAAUGUACAACUAUUGAAACGUUGCCAACGCCACCCUCAUCCCUCAUCGAAUGUAAAUCAAUUUCUCAUCAAGAUCGACAAGCGUUGCUAUGUUCUGGUUUUCUUAUCGAUGAUUGCGAUGAAGAAGAAGUUCCUCCAGUAUCACCACCACCUCGAUCUCCGCUUCCACGUCCCUCGCCAGACGAAUUUAUUGAGCAAAACGAUGAAGACGUUCAUGAACAACGUGUUAUGUUAGUUCACGAACUGGACGCUGCUGAUGCUGAGCAACGACAAGAAUUAAAACGUCAAAAGCGAUUGCAUAGAAAAUUACAAAAGAAAAAGAAAGAAACUAAACAAUCGAUAACAAACUCCUCUGAAGAACAACAAAUCAUUUCGACGGUUCCUGAUCAUCAGAAACAAGAAUCGCUAUCUGAUUGGGUUAUUGAAUAUGAUAUUAAUGGAAAUAAUCCAAUGUCACAGCUAACUGAUGAAGUUCGUCGAGCAUCAAUAACUAUGACUGAUCAAGAUAAAACAGAAAAAGUUAAUAUGAUUUUAAUGAAAAUAAAAAAACAACAAGAAGAAUUGAGAAAACUAAGGCAGUACGUUGUGUCUAUGUUGGGAGAACAACCACCACCACAGUCAAAAAAGAAACGUCAACAAAAUUCUGAAUUAGAUCAUAGUUUAUUGGUGAAUUUUGUUAAUCAACCACUACCAUCUGGAUGUUGGCUAUGUUCAGGAAAAAUGUACGCUGAAGCAGCUAUUCAGUGUGAUGACGUCACUGAACAGUAG